UCUUCAAAUUAAAAGCACAACACCAACUUCUGUUAGUGCGUACCUCUGCAAAUUAGAGCCAGAACGCCAACCUCUAGAAAUAAAGAGUGUUUUGAGAGACAAAAAGGCUGUGUCUAGAGGGACAACGAUAUGGCAAUGGCUAAAGAAAUCAUGGGUGGUUCUUUGAUUCAGAGGUCUUCUUUUGUUUCUUCGUCAAAAGUGUUUCUAAAUCCUAGUUUUCAGAAGAAGAAGCAGAACCAAUUCUUGGUUAAUCCAUUAGUGGUGCCUUUGGAGAAAACGAGGUUUGUUCGUAUGAGGAAGGUGGUGAGGGGUCCUGUGGCGGCUAUCAGUGAGGAUUUGGUGAAGCGUUUGCCUGUGGCUGUGUCUGCAGACAAGGCAGAGAAGUUCAAGGUGAGAGCCGUGGUGACCGUGAGGAAUAAGAACAAGGAAGACUUGAAGGACAAGAUUGUGAAGCAUUUGGAUGCCAUAACCGACAAGAUCGGGCUGAAUGUUGUUCUCCAACUUGUCAGCACUGAAAUAGACCCAAAAACCAAGGCUCCAAAGAAAAGCAAUGAAGCUAUCCUAAAGGACUGGUCAAAGAAAUCAAAUGUCAAAGCUGAGAGAGUAAAUUACACAGCUGAAUUUAUGCUAAACUCUAGUUUUGGCGUGCCUGGAGCGAUCUUAGUGACCAACAACCACCAAAAAGAGUUCUUCUUGGAGACAAUCACCGUUGAAGGAUUUGCUGGCGACCCGGUCCACUUCUUCUGCAAUUCAUGGGUCCAAUCCAGGAAAGAUCAUCCUGGAAAGAGGAUAUUCUUCUCCAAUCAACCAUACCUGCCGAGCGAAACGCCUGCCGGACUUAGAUCGUUAAGGGACAAAGAACUCAGGGAUACAAGGGGUGAUGGCAAAGGAGUCAGAAAAUUAUCUGACAGGAUCUACGACUUCGACGUGUACAAUGAUUUGGGAAAUCCAGACAGAGGAAUUGAGUUUGCACGACCAACACUUGGGGGUGAAAAAAUUCCAUAUCCUAGAAGGUGUCGGACCGGCCGCCUUCCUAGUGACACUGAUAUGCAUACAGAAAGCAGGGUUGAGAAGCCAUUACCAAUGUACGUGCCCAGAGAUGAACAGUUUGAGGAGUCAAAGCAAGACACUUUUUCUGCUGGGAGGCUUAAAGCAGUGCUUCACAACUUAAUACCAUCCUUGAAAGCUAGCAUUUCGUCUGAUAACCACGAGUUCAAAGGAUUUUCGGAAAUUGACAACCUCUAUAGUGAAGGUGUCCUCCUUAAACUAGGGUUGCAAGAUGAACUCCUAAAGAAGCUCCCAUUGCCAAAGGUGGUCAGCCAUAUCCAAGAAUCAAACAGGGGAAUUAUUAAAUACGAGACGCCCAAGAUAAUUUCCAAGGACAAGUUCGCAUGGUUGAGAGACGAUGAAUUUGCUCGGCAAGCAAUUGCGGGGGUUAAUCCAGUCAGCAUCGAGAGGCUUAAGGUGUUCCCUCCUGUGAGCAAGCUUGAUCCUGAAAUCUAUGGUCCCCUGGAAUCUGCACUCAAAGAAGAACAUAUUCUGGGCUACCUUAAUGGCAUGACCGUACAACAGGCGUUGGAGGGAAAUAAGCUGUUUGUAUUGGAUUACCAUGAUGCUUACCUUCCAUUUCUAGACCAGAUAAAUGCAUUAGACGGACGAAAAGCUUAUGCAACUCGUACCGUAUAUUUUUUGACCCCUCUCGGCACUCUCAAACCCAUUGCCAUUGAACUUAGCCACCCACCAUCGGGACCAAGUUCUCGAUCAAGGCGUGUAAUUACACCUCCAGUCGAUGCUACCUCCAAUUGGACGUGGCAGCUUGCCAAGGCUCACGUGUGCUCCAACGAUGCGGGUGUGCACCAACUCGUUAACCACUGGUUACGUACCCACGCGUCCCUGGAACCCUUUAUAUUGGCUGCACAUCGGCAAAUGAGUGCCAUGCACCCCAUAUUCAAGCUCUUAGACCCGCACAUGCGAUAUACAUUGGAGGUAAAUGGCUUAGCUCGCCAAAGUCUAAUCAAUGCGGAUGGUGUUAUUGAGUCUUGCUUCACUCCUGGUCGCUAUUCCAUGGAGAUUAGUGCUGCAGCAUAUAAAAGCUUUUGGCGCUUUGACAUGGAAAACCUUCCCGCCGAUCUCGUCCGCAGGGGUAUGGCAGUGCCUGAUCCGACGCAGCCGCAUGGUCUAAAGCUCCUAAUUGAAGAUUAUCCAUAUGCCACUGAUGGGCUCCUUAUCUGGUCUGCAACUGAGAACUGGGUCCGUACCUAUGUGAACUACUACUAUCCAGAAUCGAGCCUAAUUUGCAAUGACAAUGAGCUCCAAGCUUGGUACUUCGAGUCUGUCAAUGUGGGCCAUAGCGAUCUUAGCCACAAAAGCUGGUGGCCCUCAUUGGCCAACGCUGAUGAUCUGGUCUCAAUCCUCACAACCCUAAUCUGGCUAGCAUCAGCACAACAUGCUGCACUUAAUUUUGGGCAGUACCCAUAUGGGGGAUAUGUACCAAACCGUCCACCCUUGAUGCGAAGAUUAAUACCUGAAGAAAAUGACCCCGAGUAUGCUAGUUUCCUAGCUGACCCACAAAAAUAUUUCCUCUCUGCAUUGCCUAGUGUGCUACAAACAACAAAGUUCAUGGCGGUUGUUGAUACGCUCUCAACCCACUCCCCCGACGAGGAAUACCUAGGGGAGAGACAGCAGCCAUCAACUUGGACCGGUGACACCGAAGUUGUCGAGGCAUUUUACCAGUUCUCAGCGGAGAUCCAGCGGAUAGAAAAGGAGAUUGAGAAGAGGAACCAUGACACUAGCCUUAGGAAUCGGUGUGGAGCCGGGGUGUUACCCUACGAGCUACUUGCACCUAGCUCGGGGCCUGGUGUAACAUGUAGAGGGGUUCCAAAUAGUGUGUCGAUAUGAAGGGAACUGGGUAGCUAGUUUGGUCACUUACCAUCAACAUAUAUAGGUAAAUAUAAUAUAUAGCCUCUAAAAUUUUUGAGGUGCACAUGUUCGUUCUCAAUAAUUUCCAUGCAGAAUCUCAUGCUUUCUUUGUUAACUGAGAGAUUUUGUAUGCUAUAAAGCCCAGUAGCCGAAGUUUGAUUAUAUAUAUAAAUAAAGUUGCCAUUCGCGAUUGGAAAGUUCUAA